UCGCGAUAAAAUUCGCAAAUUGCGCAUGAUAAUCAGGUUUUAAUUACUGAUAUAUUAACAAUAAAUUUCAAUAUAUUAAUAAUAUAUUAAGUACCUACAUGAUAUGCCAUGCAUUUCAUUAUUAAUCGCGGAGCAACGAUCUUUUAAAUAGAAAUAAAUCAAAUUAUAUUAUACUACUAUGAAGUUAGGAGAAUACACUUUUUAGAUUUACAAAUUAAAUAUAACAUGAAAGGGAUGUAAAAUAUUGAGUAAAAGAUAUUUUAAAUGAAUACGAAUGAAAAAUAAAAGACUUUUUCAUAAAAAGUGAACAGUAGUUAGAGUUCUAAUGUCUCUUUCUUAAGAAAAGAAGAAGUCUAAAAAAAGGGGGAAAAAAAUAUUCGAAAAUGAGGUUACAAAUGCGUUGUUUUUACAAAAUGUUGUCCAUGUUGGAAACAGAUCUUUCCAAUGAAUUUCUUGGAAAGAAAUGUUUACCAACGAAAAUAUCGAAGAGAGAAGGUUCAAACGAUUCUCUACCUCGAGAUCGAAGCGAAUUACAUUGCAUAUACGACUGUCGCGUUGCCAUAAUCGGUAUAGGGGGUGUUGGUCAAUCUUUGGCGCAUUUGAUGAAAAUAACUCCUGGAACGGUGACGGAACUUCGAUUGUUGAAUAAUAGCGAUUUUUCGGGAAUAAUCGAAGAAUUAAAUCAGAUACCGACAGAACUUCCUAUUAAAGCUAUAUGCGGAAAGGAGAAUUUUUGUAAAGGUCUAAAGGACGUUGACAUUGCAGUGAUAACGGCUGGUCGCCCGAGAAGGAGUGAAAAAGAAACGCGAGAAGAACUUUUUACGGAAAAUGCAGAGAUUUGUUCACCCUUAUGUAAGAUCUGUGCCGAAGCUUGUCCUACAGCAAUCAUAGCAAUAAUUACGGAUCCGAUCGACUGCUUGAUACCUUUAGCUGCGCAUAUUUUCAAAAAAAAUUGCACCUACAAUCCAGCGAAAUUAUUCGGAAUCUGCGAAUUGGAUCUUUUGAGAGCGCGACGUUACUUGGCCGAUUUAUUUUGCAUAAAUCCAAAAUGGACUUACGUUCCCGUUGUAGGUGGUCACGGGGAGAAUACUAUAGUUCCAUUGUUCUCGAAGUGUCGACCUAGCGUAGAGUUGACGCAGGAGGAAAUGAUGGAGCUUACCAAGGCUGUUAGAAUGGCCGGGUGUAAAAUCGUGAAGAUGAAAAAAUUAAGUAGCACGUACUACAUGGCUUUUGGAGCUAUGCACUUUAUUCACAAACUUGCCCGUGCCAUUCACCACGAGCCAAACAUAAUUGUUUCCGCAUACACGGAAUCUAACGUGACCGGGGCUCCUUUCUUCUCGAACGAAUUGUUACUUGGACCAGCUGGGGUCUGUAAGAAUUUAGGUUUCGGCAAGGUUAACGUAUUCGAGCAAAAACUCAUCGACGAGGCAGUCAAGGCCUUACGGAAGCAAUUCGACUUAGUGGAGAAGUACAUCGAUAAAUGCAACAUUUAAAAUCAAUCGUAAAGUUACAACAGUUUGUUUUUUCUUGGAAGAAAAGGAAAUUUAACAAAAAUCAAUCGAUUAAUCGU